AGCAUAUUCGGUGAAGAAUCGUUUAAAUCAGAGUCAGCGUGAAGAGUUGGCGUUGAUUGAACAAGCGUACGACAAUCCACACGAAGCAUUGUCAAGAAUUAAACGACAUAUGCUCACACAACGCGCAUUCAAAGAAGUUGGAAUCGAAUUCAUGGAUUUGUAUUCACAUUUGGUGCCGGUUUACGAUAUUGAACCACUCGAAAAAGUGACAGAUGCAUAUCUGGAUCAAUAUUUGUGGUAUGAAGCCGACAAAAGACGUCUAUUCCCGAGCUGGAUCAAACCCGGUGAUACCGAGCCGCCACCGUUGCUAACAUAUAAA